AUGGCUCUUCUCCUAUCUCUAAAACCACCGUCACCACCGCCAUCGUCGCCGCCCCUCCUCCUUUCCCCUCUCACCUCCUCCCUAUUUCCACACACAGUCAAACCUUCUAAAUCCCACCACCACCGUCAAACCCGCUUCUCCUUCUCCUACAGUAGCCGAAACCCACCGGAAACAGACUGCCCGGUCCCACCAGAGCAACAACCCAUCAACGAGUACCAAUCUCUCUCCACCUCCUCCCCUUUCUCCUGGGCGUCCGGUGACUUUGUCGAAUACUGCUCACGGUUGCUCGCCACCGGUGUUGGAUUCGCUCUGUUCGUGGGCCUUCCCGUUUCGUGGUACGGAUCGGUCGGUGUCGGGUGGGAACCUAUUCAACGGAUCCUGGGAGCCGUAUGCAGUGGGAUCUUUGCGGUUACCCUUGCUGUUGUGAGGAUGUAUUUGGGUUGGGCGUACGUCGGCAACAGAUUGCUCAGUGCCACUGUUGAAUAUGAAGAGACCGGAUGGUACGAUGGACAGAUUUGGGUGAAGACUGCUGAAGUGCUUGCUCGGGAUCGGCUUCUAGGAUCAUUUACUGUGAAGCCAGUGCUCAACAGACUAAAGAACACGUUGGUAACUCUUGCGCUAUCUCUGUUCAUGUUCAUCGUGCUUCUUAUUAACACGGAAGGCAGCCAAAAGGAGGCCAACAUCAUCACAUCCGGUGCUGAAACGGGCGGCAGAGCAGUGGCAGGCGUGUACAACGAUGAGUCGGCAAGAUCAUUUGAACCGGAAGCAUUUUGUGGUCCAUCCAUGGCUGAAUAGAAUGUGAAGUUGCUGAUGUACAUAUGGAUACAGGCAACAAUAGAUUAUUAUCAUAUAGCUAUCUUUGUAUAGGUUUACACCAUGGGAUUCUUUGAUUUAACCAAUUAAGCUGCU